AUGUACGGAGGCUCUAACACGCGAAAUGUGGACCUGGGCAAAUCCGAGAAUGACCUCGCCAUCAAUAUUCGCAAGGCCACAAGCAUUGAGGAGACUGCGCCAAAACGCAAACAUGUUCGCGCCUGCAUUGUUUAUACGUGGGACCACAAAUCUUCUCAGUCUUUCUGGGCUGGCAUGAAGGUUCAGCCUAUCCUCGCAGACGAAGUGCAGACGUUCAAAGCCCUGAUUACCGUCCACAAAGUCCUGCAAGAGGGUCACGCUAUUGCCGUGAAAGAAGCGCAGACGAAUAUACACUGGCUUGAAAGCCUGAUGAGGAAUGUAGCAGGAGAUGGGCUCAGAGGCUAUGGACCCCUCAUCCGAGACUAUGUAUACUUCCUGCUCGCUAAGUUGGCCUUUCACCGCCAACAUCCUGAGUUCAACGGACUCUUCGAAUAUGAAGAGUACAUUAGCCUCAAAUCUAUCAAUGAUCCUAACGAAGGGUACGAAACCAUUACGGACUUGAUGACCUUGCAGGACCAAAUAGAUACAUUCCAAAAACUCAUUUUUGCACAUUUCAGAGGCGGUGCCAAUAACGAAUGCAGAAUAUCGGCAUUGGUUCCGCUUGUUCAGGAAAGCUAUGGGAUUUACAAAUUCAUCACCAGCAUGCUGCGAGCUAUGCACACAACCACAGGUGAUGAAGAGGCUCUGGAGCCUCUUCGAGGCAGAUACGACACGCAACAUUACCGUUUACUCAAGUUUUACUACGAGUGUUCCAACCUACGCUACUUAACGAGCCUCAUCACUGUACCCAAGCUUCCUCAAGAGCCUCCUAACCUCCUUUCCGAAGAUGAUGAGAAUAAACCAGCGUUACCGCGACGACCAACAAGAGACCUUGAAAGGAAAGAGGAGCUGGCACCAACACCUCCGCCUCCCGUCUCAGCACCGGACCCGGAGCCUAUCAAUGAGUUUUGGAAGACCGAACAGCGGCGACAACAAGAGGAGUUUGACACAGAACAACGGAGGCUGCAAGAUCAGUGGAACCAGCAGCAGUACCAACAACAGAUUGCCCAACAGCAAGCGGAGCGGGAUUUUGCGGAACAGCGGCGGUUGCAGGAAGAGCAACAACGUCUUGCCCAGGAGCAGCUGAUGCGAGAACAGUAUCAAGCCCACACGCAGGGCCGUAUGGCAGAGCUAGAACGUGAAAAUCUUAAUGCCAGGGCCCAAUACGAACGUGACCAACUGAUGCUGGAGCAGUACGAUCGUCGGAUGAAAGACCUUGAGAGUCAAUUGAACCAGUUGAACACCAACUUCUCUCAACAAACGGCAUCUAAAGACGAUCAGAUACAGGCAUUACAGGAACAAGUCAACACAUGGCGAUCAAAGUAUGAAGCUUUGGCUAAGCUUUAUUCACAGCUACGGCAGGAGCAUUUAGACCUUCUACAAAAGUUCAAGGGCGUGCAACUGAAGGCGGCUUCAGCGCAAGAAGCCAUCGACAAACGCGAAAAGCUCGAACGAGAGGUCAAGACCAAAAAUUUGGAGCUUGCGGACAUGAUCCGCGAGAGAGAUAGAGCCCUACAUGAAAAGGAUCGAGUCACAGGCGGGAAUAGGGAGGAAGUCGAGAAGCUGAAUCGAGAGCUUCGCUACGCGCUGGAAAAGGCUGAGAAUGCCGACCGUGCCAAAGGAUCCGAACUCUCUUCGAUGCUCUCGAAGUACAAUAGAGAAAUGGCUGAUCUUGAAGAGGCUCUUCGCAAAAAGAGUCGGGCACUCGAAGAUAUGCAAUCAAGAAUUGGUGAGCGGGAUGGCGACUUAGAGCGUAGUCUGCGUGACAAGGAAGAAGAACUCGAGAUCUAUAAAUCGGGAAUGGAUCAAACUCUGCUAGAAUUGAAUGAACUCAAAAUGAAUAACGGCGACAACGACAGAGCGCUUGAUGAUCAGAUAGACCAAGCGCUCUUGGGUAACAUACAGAAGCUGAAUGAUAUCAUCGAUUCAGUAUUACUAAGUGGCGUUCAGAGGGUGGACGAUUCGCUCUACGAGCUGGAUUCAACAAUGCAGGCUGGGAAUCAGAAUGCCUCUGCGCCAUACGUCUUGUCACAAAUUGAGAAAGCCUCCGCCAGCGCCACCGAAUUCUCCACUGCCUUCAACAAUUUCAUCGCUGACGGCCCAAACAGCCCUCAUGCUAACAUCAUCCGUACCAUCAAUACCUUCUCGGGGUCGAUAGCGGACGUCCUGAGUAACACCAAAGGCCUCACACGAUUUGCUACAGAAGAAAAGAAAGCAGACCAGCUUAUGAACGGUGCUCGACAAUCUGCGCAAUCGACCGUAAAGUUUUUCCGUGGACUGCAAUCAUUUCGUCUCGAGGGAUUAGAGCCUAUCCAGCGCACUGAUGUGGUCAUCAACAACAAUCAUGAGGUUCUCAUGAAUCUUCAGAAGCUUUCCAAACUUGCGGACGCCUUCGCACCGAAAUCUGACAAAUUAUCGAAUAUCAAAGGCGACCUGGGAGACCUUGUAGAUCGGGAGAUGACCAAUGCGGCUAAGGCUAUAGAUGCUGCUACAGAACGUUUAACCAAGCUUAUGAAGAAACCUCGGGAUGGUUACAGCACCUAUGAGCUUCGCAUCCACGACAGCAUCCUUGAAGCUGCCGUUGCUGUCACUAACGCUAUUGCCCAACUCAUCAAAGCAGCAACGGCCUCACAACAAGAAAUUGUGAAAGAGGGACGAGGCUCAUCAUCCCGCGCCGCAUUCUAUAAGAAGAACAACCGAUGGACUGAGGGUCUCAUUUCAGCUGCAAAGGCUGUUGCCUCCUCAACUAAUACGCUAAUCGAAACAGCGGAUGGUGUCAUCUCUCAACGCAACAGUCCCGAACAGCUGAUUGUCGCCAGCAACGAUGUAGCUGCUUCGACCGCACAGCUUGUCGCUGCCAGCAGAGUCAAAGCUCAUUUUGGAAGUCAGACCCAGGAUCGACUAGAGGAGGCGAGUAAGGCUGUGGGCAGAGCUUGCCGGAGCUUGGUCAAACAGGUGCAGAAUAUCAUUUCACAAAGGAACAAGGAUGAGGGUGAAGAGGUCGAUUAUGCUUCGCUCAGUGGGCAUGAAUUCAAAGUCAGGGAGAUGGAACAGCAGGUUGAGAUACUGCAACUUGAGAAUAAUCUAGCACAGGCGCGGCAGAGAUUGGGCGAAAUGAGGAAAAUAUCGUAUCAGGAGGAGUGA